AUGCCAGGAAACGCCAGUCCGGAUCAUAGGCCGCAAAGCGAGAAGCCGGCUUUCGCAUCCGAUGUACAAUCAGGCGCUGCCCAUCGGGCUAGGUCUGCUUCAAUUUGGAAGCACAUUUGCUUUGCGGCUACGAGAUCACGGCCGGACCGCAGUGACCGGACAAUCAAACAUCGGAUGCGGGAGGAGGCCAAGGCGCGCAAGUCAGCUCAAGCCCAAGAACUCAGAGCUCACCAUGAGGCAGUGCUGCGGGCACGAGAGCGAACACGCAAGGCUAGUAAAGACCGUGCCGACAAGUACAAACAAGACAAAAAGGCGCAGAAGGAGCAAGAGAAGCGCACUCAGAGCUACUACAGCGGUGGAUCUGCAUGGGGAUUUGACCCUAAUGCUGGCACGCUUCGAUCAGGUCACGACCAUUUGACUGCCGUUCGUCAGGCAAGCAAAGCAGAAAACAGUAAUCAGGGUGCCCAUGAUGCGGCCGAAGCGAGACCUGUACGAGGGCAAACUUGGGGCGUCCAAUACGGAAAAUUCAGCAAGCACGUCGAAUGCGGUGCUCCGUCAUUGCAGCCAUGCCCCAACAAACCUGCUGAAGGGUGUUAA